AAAAAAGAGCGAUUAAGUAAAACAUCGAAGAACAGACGUACGCUCGAUAAUAAAUAAACGAUAUCGCCGAUGAUUUAUGAAUCACGAUCUUGUGUUAUUUAUCGAUUACUAAUUAACGAACUUCGAGGACGGAUUCAAACUAAUCAAAUAAUAAAAUGACAGUAGAAAGAUAGAUGAGUAAGGAAUUUUGCACGAAUAAGGAAUAAGAACAAAUUUUAUUUUUUCUUUUUCCUUUUUUUUCCUACCGAUAAGAAAGCUCUCUCUCUCUCUCUCUCUCUCUGUUCUUCUCCUUCUCCUUCUAAUAUCCAAGAGAACACUAAGUUGAGAUAAAGUGGAGUCAGAUAUAGUAUGCGAAAGAUUUCGAGCAAAAAACAAAGAGAAAACGAAGAGAAGAGAAGAGAAGAGAAGAGAGAAAGACGGAUGCUGUAUACAUGUAUAAAUGUAUAUAUAUCUACGUGCUUAUAUACAUGUAUCCAUAUACGAGAGAGAGACAGAGAAAGAGAGAGAGAAGGAGAGAGAAAGAGAGAGAAACGAAGAGACGAAGAAGAGGCGCGUUCCGAACGAAAAUAGAAAAGCGGUUUAGGAAAGUCGUUUAGUGUCAGCCAGGGUGGAGUUCCAUGUGGUUCCCCACGAUAUCGUAUCUCUCGUACUUUUUUGAUUACUCCAGGUCCGUUGAUCGUGAUAAAAUAAUGGUUCGUCCGACGGUAAGAUCGUCCCUUAGAAGUCGUGAUUCUUCGUCGACGUCUACAGGACCAGACGCGAGAGAACGAAUAAAGGAUUGUUGUCGUAAGUUGGUCGCUUUUAUGUGUACUCAAGUCGGCGUAGGUGGACUAGUCGUCGGCUAUUCCAUAGUGGGUGCUUUUGGUUUCAUAAUGAUCGAGAAACAGAACAGUAUCGUCGAUCCGGACUGUUAUCGUUAUCCCAUUCAAAGGAUGUACGCCGAUAUUCUUUGGUAUAGAACUGCGGGCGACCAAACGGUAAAUAUUUUCAACAGGACAGCUUUCUUCGUGGUAUCGAACAAUAUUCUUAGGGAACUUCAGGAAAAUUUUACUGCUGCCUACUUGAAAAAAAGUUGUAACAUCGGUAUGACCUCGUCCGAGCAAUGGUCCUUCCCCGCGGCUCUCAUGUUUUGUCUGUCGAUAUUCACCAUGAUCGGAUAUGGAAAUUUGGUACCUAGAACACCGUGGGGCAAAGGUGCCACCGUCAUGUACGCCGUAUUGGGAAUUCCCCUGUACGUUUUAUAUUUUUUAAACAUGGGAAAAAUCUUGGCGCAAACGUUCAGGUGGCUCUACACAAAUUUACACGAGUGUACGGGACAGAGAAAACCCGGGCAAAGGAUUACCGUACCCUCUACCGCUUGUCUUUGGGUUAUCUUUGGAUAUGUCCUAGUUGGAUCGAUCAUGUUCGCCCAAUGGGAGGGCUGGGAUCUUCUCGACAGCACUUAUUUUUGCGUGACCUCACUCUGUAAGAUCGGUAUGGGAGAUUUUAUACCUGGAUGGACGCUCGGUGAAUCCACGGAGAGCAGUCAUACCAAAUUGGUCAUCAAUUUCGUCUAUCUUCUUCUUGGCAUGGGACUGAUCGCCAUGUGUUAUAAUCUUAUGAAAGAGGACGUUUACGUGAAAGCGAGGGAACUAAAGGAGCAGCUCGAUCACGCGAUGGACGCGGCUCAUCAUCAGAUGAUUACGUGCUGCCGAUCGAAAAGUUUAGUCUGAGUUCUCUCCUCGUUCGACAAACUUUCGUGACUCUUAAGAUCCUCUUAUCAUGAAUGGAUCUUGUCUCGAAUUACAAAUCAAGAUAAUUUCUUGAUAAUACCAUGUCAUUUUGUAACAUUUUCUUUUUCCUUUUCUUUUCUUUUCUUUUCUUUUCUUCCUUUUUUUUCCUUUUCUUUCUUCUUUUCUUUUUCUUUGUCCUUUAACCGAGAACAAUUUCAUAUAUCCGAAUCGUUAUUUAUCAAUAUUAAAUCGAACUCUAUUUGCUUAAUAGAAUUCCAUGAUGAUCUGUGUCAACGAUACUGUCAACGAUAGAACGGAUUUAUCGUCAUUGAAAAGCCGUUGGCACGUAUUAGAAAAAGCACAUGAUACACGUGGGAAGGAAAAUAUACAUAACUGAUAAUCGCGCCUCUGUGACUAUAAAUUAUAUACCACAUUCCAUGCUAAAUAUUUAUAUACGUUUGCGAAAUAUUUUAAUGGUUUCUUUCAAAGAGAGAAAAAAAAAAUACAACUCUUGAAAAGCUAUGACUCAUACGACUACGUUUAUAGAUUUAUGAGAAUUUACACUUGACAACGUUAUACGAAAAUUAUUCGACGAUUAAAUGCCUGAAAUAAUAUUCACGCGUUAUUCAAUAAGAAUUUCUUUGAAUAUAAUUAAUAAAAAUAAUGAUACGAAAAAAUGUUCUUUUUGUUUUUAUUUUUGUUUCUUUUUUAAGCAAUCUCCUAGAGUUAUCAGACGAGAGUUCCUUUUUUACGAUUACCGAGCGAGAAAUGUAUCGUUUCUAUUUUCCAUCCGUCGAUAUUGCAGGUUUCUGUACAGUCGCGUAGCAUGUACCGGUAAGUAAUUUUCUACGCAUCAACAGUCGAUAAUGUCUCUCCAGCAUCUUUCGAUAAUUGAGCUUGAAAGGUAAACAAAAAUUAACUGAUGCUAAAGAUAAUGUUAAAGUGUCUUAACAAAAAAAUAAAUACGUUUAAAAUAAGAAGAUCUAUAAAAUAUUAAUCAAAGAGUUUCGAACAAUUACGAUCGAUGAAAAUCAUUUAACUUGACCGUAUAUCCAAAUAAAAAUGAUUAAAAAUAAUGACAAAGCUCGAUAGGGGUGAAUGAUCUGGGGAAGGAAUGGAAUAGGUUAAAGAUUAUCGCUUUUGUCAGGUUCGUAAAUUUUAUGGAUAGAAAAUUAGUCGUUUCUCGGGACGUUAAAUUCUCUGCGGUCUGUUGGUUUGCGACGAAAGUCUAUCGUUUGGCAGCCCUCCUGAAUUCUUAAAAUUUGCGAGCGAUGUUUUUCGAAGUUUCUAGAGCAAUUUGUCGGUCCGGUCUCCUUCACUUGGCACCUGAACACACAAACGGACUGCAGUUCUCGACGAUUUGUCGAAUCACUGCAGAAACUAUGCUUCCCUCGAGUCCUCUUUUCGAUUUCAGGUUGCCCAUACAUCCGCGUACGUGCGAACUGCAAAGAUCUCUCCCAUAAUGUUCAUAGUGAAAAAAAAAAGAAACGAAAAAAAAAUAAAGGAAAAAAAAAAGAAAAAAGAAAGAAGGGUGUUGAAAGGAAGAAGAAAGGGGACCGACAAAUUUCUAAAAACUAAAUCGUGAAAACUUGUAAUACAUGCCGAUUAUAAAAUCAUUCUCGAUUUUUAAUAAAAUUGAUUAUCUUCUUUCUACGUUCGGCUUACUUUGAUAUACCUACUCAAAGUUAUCCCUCUUCGCGGUUACGUUCUUGAGCUACCAUGAG